AUGAACGUGCUUGGGUUGUUCGUACUUUUGGCGGUGCUGUUUGCCCACAACGUGUUGCUUACACCUUACGGCAAGCAAUGUUUCUUUGAAAACCUCAAGUCCAACGACGAGUUGGCGAUUUCCUUCCAAGUGGGUUCGCGUAACCCUCUGCAAAGUGAACAAUACACCGUGGACUUCUCCAUCAUCAACCCCAACGGCCAGGUGGUUCAAUCACGGGAAAACUUGGACCACGGUGACAUUUCGUACAAGGCCGAUGUCUCCGGCAAGUACUUGUACUGCUUCUCGAACGAAAAGAGCAAUCGGGUUGAUCUCGAUGUGUCGUUCAACGUCCACGGGGUGGUCUACAUCGAUGUCAACGACCCCGAAGCCAACACUUUGGACUACGCCAUUCGCCAAUUGAACCGUUUGACCCAAGAAGUGAAGGACGAACAGGCUUACCUCGUCAUCAGAGAACGUACCCACAGAAAUACCGCUGAGUCCACCAACUCGCGGGUCAAGUGGUGGUCAGUGUUCCAAAUUAUCGUUGUCGCCGCCAACUCGCUCUUCCAGAUCUACUACUUGCGGAGAUUCUUCGAGGUGAAGAGUGUAGUUUAG